GCACUGCAGCAGCAGCGAACGAGGAGAUCUUUUCCUUAUACCCAUUGCACUGCGUGCGUCGAUACUUGCUACUGUCCAUUGUUCGAUACCUGCUUCUCCAACUGGCUGGUCUGUUGGUAUCUGCGCGCGCUUCGUAGCGGUCGUAGACUAUAUCCGCAGUACCGACAUCAUAGUGGACAUCAAGCACAGGACGUAUACCAUUCCGAGUUUGGAACUUCUCAUCACCCUCCUUUGCUACCAGACUCUCCUUGCUCUGAAACGUCGACAUGGCCCCGCGACGUGGGGCAUCGUCCAACUCGCUCAGUCCUCCGGACAUCACCUUCCCUGGCUCGGGCGGCACAUCCCCUGGCACGUCUCCUUCGUCUCGCUCUGCCUCUCCGGCGAACGGUUUCACGCAGUUCCUUACGCGGCCAACGAAGUGGUUCAACCGAUCUACCUCCGCAAAUGGGGGUCGCAACUCUGUCAGCUCGAAUGAGCCGCGGACGAGCACCAGCUCGGGCGCGACAGGGCGGAAACCCAAGAUCUCCCACCCCACUGAUCCUCGCCCUUUUCUGGAGAACCUGCGUACGCCAACGGAUAAGAGGAUGACUGCUGCCAGCAGGUCGGUUCUCGAUCUUUCUCUCACGCACGAUCACAGUGCGUACGACGAGUUGUCCGGAAAAGCAUCUCCUCGGACCUCUUCGUCCCCCUCUCAGCCGGCCCUCUCCCGUGGUCUCGGUGAUCUGCGCAACAUCUCCCGCAAGCCAUGGUCCAAGUCCGCCGAUGACCUUGGCAAGCUCUCUUAUCAGAGAUCCUCCCCCAUACUAACGCCCAUCGACACGACAAUUCAUGACAAGAUCGAUCAGUAUAGGACCAACAGAGGUGGAAGCGUCGGAAGCAUGAGCAAUGCCCCCUCGCCUACUUCAUCAUCUGUAAUGUCAGCGCAGAAGAACUACCCUUUCCCCGUAAUCUCGCAGUCUCCGUCUGAACCGCUCUCCGCUUCUCCACCUUCGCGCCCCAGCAUUCAACUUGCUACAUCCUCUCCUACAAGUACCACCGGUGCCGCGCUCACUCUUGUCACAUCCAAUGGUAGCGGCCACGUCCAUGCACGUUCUCAUUCCUUCACGCCUCGGCUGACCUCCAAGCUCGCUGCCCCAAAGGUCGCCCUCCAGCCUCCCCCCAGUCCGCGGCAGAAGGGUUCGGCAACAUCUGAUCGUCAGACAGAUAGAGACCGAGAGAAGUCGUUGUCAGGCGGGAGCAGCGCAGCGUCUGCGCGAUCGCCGUUUCCCUUUAGCCGAAGCGGGAGCGGAGGGAAGACUAUAUCCCCCGUCAACGUUUCCCCUUCCCGCGAACUUGUGCCGCCUGCCUCUGUCUAUCUCGCUCCGCCAAAGACCGACUCGCGGAGUGAUGGUUCUGGCUCCAAGUCGGAGAAGCGCACGUCACAGGUGGUGUACCAUUCGGGAUUUGUGAACAGGCUCGUGGACUUCUCCCCUGCGGUGAUGAACAUGCGUGCCAACUACUCGUAUAUGAGCGGAGGGCAAGGCGCGUUGUCCAAAGGAUGGAAGCCAUUCAAGCUGGUCCUGAAGGGCUCCAAGCUGUAUUUUUAUAAGCCUCCCAGCGAUCGCAGUGCGGCGGUGAAGGAGCUGUUCGCCACAGAACUAGUCACGCUGUUUGAAGACGAGGGCGUUGUCAACGGGGAUGCCGAACAACAUGACACUCAAGAAGGGGGUGUAGAGAGGGGCGGUCGGCUGCGAGAUCGACAGGAUAUGCACAAGCGAAGAGCGUACUGGGGACGAAACACGCAUCCAUCGCUGCUUAUCGCUGCAGGUCGUGUCCAGGGAGGAAACCUUGAGGCUCUUGUUCACGAAGCUGUCUUUGCCACGACAUUUCCCGACGCAAUAACUUCAAAACCGGAGAGUGUCGAUGGUCAGGGAUCACGUGUAUCUGACAGUGAAUUGAGGGAAAAUUCCCUCGGGCUGUCUGAGAGUCAAGCUAGUUGGUGUGAAUUCGCGGCAACAGUCGUGUUCAGCUCACCCGUACUGGUAGGCCGUGGAGACUUCGAGACAGAGUUCAUGCGCUGCUGUUCGAAUUUUGUCAAUGGGGCCGAAGAGAAAUCGAAGGACGACAGUCGCGCCAGAGUACGCUGGCUAGCUGCUCAAUACCUCACAUACUACGGGACGCCCUUCAACCGAGACGCUUGGGAGAAUUGGCGGAAGGACUCAAUCCCGGACUUCCCUGCCAACUUCGAGGCUACUUCGAAAUUGGGAGGAAUCCCGCAGACGUCAUCGAUGCAAGCGCUAUAUACUGCUUCUCCUCAGCUCAAUCCUGCAGGAGCUGGUGGCUUAGAGCUCUCCCCUGAUUUAGGCGCGUUCUCCCCUCGACCAAACAAGAUGAUGUCAAUCGUGGAGGCACUUGGAGAACCUCCUUCCAUUGCAGGCAUGGCAGCAGUCCGAGCGACCAAGACCCUCCUCGCUUCGCUCGAACGCGACGGACUCACGAGGGAUAUCCUCAUAAGUUUGGACGCGCAGCUGCUGGCACAUAGUCUAUCGGUAUUCAACCAGUCUCUGUUCAAGAAUGUGCCCGAUAACCUGACCGUGGAUCUAUGUCUUGGAACUGAUUCUCUCGCUCCUAGUGGCAUUGCUGCCGGACGUGGCCAAACAACCUCUCAUACAACAUUUGCGGCUUUCUUCGGCCGCGAUGACCAACCUCAUUGGCUCACUAGGAUGGUCCUGGUCCAGAUACUAGUUCCCGAGAGCAGUGGGUCCUCGACUUCACCGACUGUCGGGUCCGAGGAACGGCAUGCUCCCGCUUCCCGCACGUCUACUCGGGCAGGAGUUAUCGCUGCCUGGGCAAAGGUCGGCGAGCUGUGCCGCAAGACAGGAGAUGAGUGUUCCUGGCGGGCGAUAUUUGCUGCUCUGUGUUCGCGUCCUGUUGCACGUCUAGAAAGAGUCUGGAAGCGCGUGGGUCCUGAAGUUAUGUCGUUGGUUCAAUCCUGGGUCCAUGUCGAAGAGAGGAGCGGCGCCUCGCUAUCGGGCACUCCACUGGUAAUUCCAUGGGCGGAAGAUUCUAGGCGUCGUAUCAAGGCAUCUCUCGAGAAAGCGCGCAUCGAUGGUCAGAAUGAAUGGAGGAUUGAAUCUCUGUCUGAUGCUCGCGCGCGCUUCGAAGCGCUUCGGACCACCUUCGCUUUGUGUAGCAAGCAGUCUGUGGCAGACAGUUCAGAGGAGACCCACGAUGUCGAGGCAUUGACCGAUUUGUGGCGAAGUUCAUUUGAAGGACGAAGCCUGAAUGCGAUGGCGUCGAAAUUUGUUCGCAUCGAUCAAUUCAUGUCUUUGUCGCUUGCUGCCGAGCCUCGCCGCAAAGGCCUGUUUGAACCAUUGUACUGGGCCCGCACCAAUAGCUCGCCAACGUUUCACCCCUUGACUGCAGUCCUAUUUCCCGAGCCGUUACCCGCGGUGACGUUCAUCAAUAGAGAGCACUUGUUCCGCGGUCGCCUGGAAAGCAGUGCAAGCAUCAGUAUGCAGGAUCUGCAGAAUGCACGCGAGAUCUGGUUGAGACCAGCAGCCGAUGGCUCGAUGCGAGCACAAACAUUCAAGUCGAAUGGUUUAGACCUGCGUGGCACGGUCCUCCCGGUUUUCGAUGGCGAUCUGCUGCUCCUCGUCCAGCCUUCGCCGGAGCCAACAUCCUUGUCACGGACGACGUCCCGUUCACGUUCACGACCCCCAAGUUUAGUGGCGGAAUCCUCCAAGACAGAAAUGAGCUUGAGCCGGAGCCCUUCUAUUCGUGUAACUCCAGGGUCUCCCCCGAAUUUAGACAGGAAACCAAGUGUGAUUAGGCGCAACUCUCUGCCAUCUAUAUCGCAGCGGACUAGCCUCGUCAUCUCCGAGGUGAAUUCGGAAAAGUCUCUCCGCGUUGUUGUGCAGGCUGGUACACUCGAUCGAUUGGUGGACAUCCUCGUGCACGGUCUUCCAGGCGUCUCCGUCUCUGUUGCAGAUGACAAUGGAGAAAUGCCUCUUUCUGAUAACAAGACACGCGAAGUCAAAGUGGAUAUGGACGACUUCUCGACUAUAUGGUGGAGUGUGUACAGGACUUUCGUCACUCCUCAGGUCCUGUUUGAGCUGCUACGCAAGCGAUACUUCAGUGCACGCUUAUCGCAAUCACCGACGGUGCGCGAGGUUAAUGAUGUAGUCCGCCGACGUUCUGAGAUUCUUGAGACCAUGAACGAGUGGAUCAAUCGUGGAGGAGGCGCGCAAGACGUACUCGAUGACUUACAGCUGCACUCGUCGUUCGAAUCCUUCCUUGCCCAUUGCACGGAGGAGCUAUGGCAACAUCUACUGGAUGACGACGCACAUAAGCAACGGUCUCUCGGCCUGCUGGAGCAGUUGAAGAAGACCCUUGAUUUGACAUUCCGCUCGCAGACAAUGAGGCCCACUCCGGUCCCCUCGUUGCAGGAUUCCAUCAUUGAAUCAACAAGUAGUCAGAGCUUUGGGCUGGACGCUCCAGAUAUCGACCGCAUCGACGCAGAAGAGCUCGUCAACAAUUUGGAUGCGAUGGCAUCUUCCACGUUCCGGAAUGUCAGCCAAGAGGACCUAUUCGUGACCUCCGAUCUACUGGAAGUCCAGUCAGCAGACAAAACGGGCUGGUUCCUAUCUCGCGAGCCAAGUUCGAUCUACGACGAAGUCGAUAUUCAGUUCAUGGAUUCCUACAUCACCGAAGUCGAGCCUUCGACCAUGAUAUCCGAGCUCGCUCAAGGAUCGUUACACCGCAUGCUACCACAGUCUAUACGGACAUGCGUACGAGCCUUCACCACAUUGCGCAGAUGGUUGGUCAGCAAACUGGCAGCUGCGAAGCUUGGCCUUCGUGGCAGAGAGUCCCGAAUGGAGCUGAUGCUCCGCGCCGUCGAGAUUUGUCGCCUGCGGAAUGCUGAAUCAUUUGCUGCCCAGGUGCCCUUGGCUGAGCGACCUUGCGUCCGGUCCUUUGUUGAAACGGUGUUGACGUCCGCUAUCGUCAGUGUUGAAAGUCGUGCGCACUACCGCGCAUGGCAAAAUGUCGCGCUAGGACGCCUAACGACAUGCGAUACGCUAGCAGCAUUGAUCAGCAAACCAGCCAUAACGUCUGUCGCCUCGCGUAGCCCUCUGACGGUUGACAUCGGCUGGAUCUUGGAGAGGAUGGUGGAAGUCAUCAUGAUGCCUGACGUGCUGGAGUCUGCGCAGGAAGGCGCGUCGAGUCUGGUCAACUAUGAUAAGCGGAGAUCUCUUCAUACCCUCAUCUCCAGCGUAUCUGGCUCAGCGGCCGUGCGCUCUCGACAACGCCGUAUUAUAGACAGGCGCGAUCUCGAACGCCUAAGCACCAUUGAAAGAGAAGUUUCCGCCAUGUAUUUUGAUCUGCGUACCAUCCGGGAAGAAGCUUACCGUGAAGCUACGCAAGCUGGUAUCCUCGGCGCGAAGAAGAUUCACCGUCCCUUCCAGACAUUGGUCGCUCUCCAGCAGGAGAAAAACAGGCGCGACCGUCAUCUACGUGAUCGUUUGAGCAGAGAAAAGAGGCAAGAGCAGCAACAAAAGGACAAGCGAGAAGAAUAUCUGACGAAGGCGAUGAACACUAGACGGCCACCUGCACCGACCCCAAAACAGCAUCGGAACAAGAAGAGCGUUUCGUCUGCAUUCUUCCAGCUCAUGCGACCGAUCUCGAGCGCAUUCUCCUCUGAUAGUAUAGCAUCGGCGAUGAAACGUUCACCGGCUGAGCUAGAUUUCACUCCGAUGCACAAGCCAAUUUUAGUGCUGAGCGUCGUCGACGCUCGGGUGGCUCAGUUCGUCAACAACGAGCGGUCUUUCACCUUCCAGCUCGACACUGAGGACGGGGGCCAUUACCUUCUACAGGCUAUUGGCAAAGCUGAGAUGAAGAAGUGGAUGGAUAUCAUCCAGCAUGUGUCGAAUGUAGCCGCCAAGCGUCGUCUGACCUACCUCGGACAGAACUCUAAGGUGCAGCUUGCUGAUCACCUUCUUAGCCAGCCUACCGCUGCCUCUAGAGAUCCUCACGCUGUUUUUGGCGUGGAGCUCGACUUCCUGCUCCGACGAGAGGCGAUCAAUGGCGAGGUUCAACCUGGCACUAUUCCUUCAGUGUUAGACCGCUUGAUCGCCGAAGUGGAAGCACGAGGCCUUAUGGAAGUCGGCAUCUAUCGCAUCGCUGGUGCACACUCUGAGGUCAAUGCUUACAAGGAUGCUCUCAAUAGAGGCGAAUGGCCCAUCACCUCUUCGACGGACAUUCACGCCGUCUGUGACCUUAUCAAGUCUUGGUUCCGCGUCUUGCCUGGAGGUAUAUUUCCUUCACCAUCAUAUAACGAAAUACUUGAAGCUGCAGCACGAGAUGGCGUCGAUCUCCCGGAAAGGCUCUCUGGUGUUCGAAAAGCGGUGCAUGCUUUGCCCGGCUCUCAGUUCGACCUCCUGAAACGCAUUGUUGAGCAUCUCGAUAAAGUAACUGACUAUGAGGAGAAUAAUCAGAUGACGGCCGAAUCGCUUGCUACCGUGUUUAGUCCCAACCUUCUCAGGUCACCGAAUAAUGAUAUCAGCUUGUUCUUCGCCAAUAUGAGCGCUGGCCAUCGGGUUACUAAAUUACUCAUCGCUCAUUAUCAUACCAUAUUCGACGAUGAACAAGAACAAGAGGUUGAUUUGGAGCGAGAUCAGGACGAGUAUGAACUCGAGGAGCCCAUCCCCGAGGAGGAUGAAGACGAGGACCUGCUGUGCAACAAUGGUCCGCAAUCUCCUGACGACGAUGAUCUCAAGCUACCCUCUCAGCCUCCAGUACUGGAGGUAAAUCUAGGCAGUCCGCAUUCUCUCUCCUUUGCAGUGUCUGCGUGAAAUAUCCGACUAUACGUUAUCAUCCCGUGUGAAAUUGGUCGCAGUGUAUGUUGUGGCUCAUGGACUUACGUUUCCUUGUGCAUUUGCUCAUUAUGAGUCUGCCGCUUUACAUAUCAAUGGUAGUGUACGUAUAGUAACUCGUUAUACCCACAUGGUAGAACUACUCGGACUUGGGCUGCAUCAUGUUCGGUUACUUAAUGGUAUUAGUAUGUCAUAAUAGAUCAAUCGCCCCUCUUUAACUCGCCACAUUUUGUUCUGCGAGAUGGAGCAAUUUCU